UUGUUAGUAUAAUAUUAUAUAUUACAAAUAAUAUUUAUUAAAAUAUAAUACUUCAAUAAAAUAAAAAAGAAUGUAUGCAAAAAUGGUCCUUAUGGUAUGGUAUAAGACAAAAUUGCGAAAAUAAUCCCUGAGGGUAAAAUUGUCAUUUUAAAAAAGUUAACAGCCAACCAGUUAAACUUAACGGAUGAGGACCAAAACCACAAUAAAACUUGUUGAAAAUGACCAAAUCUGCAACUUUUCAAACGUUUAGACCAUAACCACAUAAAAAAAGAAACAACGGGGACCAUUUUUGCAAUUUUGUCUUAUUUUUUUCUUUUUCAGUAAAUAUAAAAUAGUUUAAAAAUAAACUAAAAAUAAUAUAAUAAGGACAUUAUAGUCAUUUUAUAUAUGACAAAGGAUGAAAUGUGCAAACUUAAAUUAAUGAAGGAUGAAACGUGCAAUUUUUAACCAAACGAGGGACGAUCCGAAUUAAUUUUUAAAAAUAGAGACCGAACAUACUUUUUAACAGCUGGGAUAUUCGUGUAAUUUACUCUAAUAACAUAAAAAUAACAUUCUUAUUUUAUUUGAACCUAUUCUUACCUUUGUAUAAUUUCACAUGCAUCAAUCGUGUCAAAUACAUACAUUACACAAACAUCAAAAAAGCAUGAAUUUGAAUAUAAACUUAAGACCUCUCGAAGACAUGUAUAACAACAACACACCCACCUUCACAACUAGUUAUGUCAUGUACGAAACAUGGUGGUAAAUGGUGAUCAUCUUCACCGGUAUAGUUACUUUUCUUACUCCCAAAACCACCCUACAACCUCCCUACAAAUCAAUCUCCAAUUCCCUACCCCAUCAAUUUCAUGUCAGCACCACCCGUUGACCACCACCCACCACCACAAUCCUCCGCCAUUCCAAGACCCAUAAACAAAAACUGGUGGCUGAGAAUGGCGACACACAUCCUCUGCGUCCUCUUUGGCCAAACCGCCGCCACCUUACUCGGCCGCCUAUACUACAACAAAGGCGGCAAAAGCGUUUGGCUGACGUCACUAGUGGAAACUGUUGGCUUCCCUGUUUUAAUCCCCUUCUAUUUCCACUUCAAACCAUUAACAUAUCAUCAAUCCACACAAACUAAUCGAAGAAACCCACCUUCCAUUUUAAUCGUUUCAGCAAUUUAUAUCUCUCUCGGAGCAUUACAAUCGCUAACAAGUAUAUUAUACUCAGUCGGAUUAUUCUACCUUCCAUUAUCGACAUUCUCCCUCAUCAGCACAACCCAGCUUGCUUUCAAUGCGUUCUUCGCAUUCUUCCUAAACGCGCAGAAAUUAACACCAUUAAUCGUCAAUUCGUUAGUUCUUUUAACAAUCUCCACUGUUUUACUAGUUCUCCAAAGCGAUUCGGAAGAAACCCAAGUCGGGAUUUCCCGGAAACGGUAUUUAACUUUGGGAUUCGUGUGCACAGUCGCUGCAUCUGCUUUAUAUUCAUUAGGUCUUUCAUUAACGCAAUUAUCGUUUCAGAAAGUGUUAAAGGGGGAAACUUUCACCAUGGUAUUGAAUAUGAUAAUCUACCAGUCGUUGGUGGCGUCGAUUGUGACGCUUUUGGCACUCUUCAUCAGUGGUGAAUGGAACGAUUUGCAGGGGGAGAUGGUGAAUUUUGAAUUGGGGAAGAUGGCGUACCUGGUUAUCAUGGUUUGUAUAGCGGUGGCGUGGCAGAUUGCGACGAUCGGUGGAGUUGGGUUGAUUUUUGAGGUGUCGUCGCUUUUCUCGAAUGUAAUCAGUACGUUGGCUUUGCCGAUUAUUCCGAUCUUAGCGGUUGUUAUAUUUAGGGAGAAGAUGAAUGGGAUGAAGGUGAUUGCUACUGUGUUGGCGAUUUGGGGAUUUGCUUCGUAUGUUUAUCAGCAUUAUCUUGAUGAAUCUCGGCCGGAAAACGGUGGUGAAGUCGCCGAUGAGGCUUCUGAAACGUGAAAACGUAUAUCCAUCAGAAUUCAGAAGUAACUCCGAUUAGAACAUUUAUCAGAAUGGACUUCAAGUAUCAUGAAAAUACCAGUAUACCCUUCGAUGGGGACAGCUUUUUUGGUGUAUAAAAACACAAAUACACAAUUCAAAAUGCAACAUGAAACAGUCGAUUGCAUAUUUACAUUGGUUGUCAAUGUAACCAAUAAUAGGAAAACGAAGCUUCCAUUGGAAGUGUUGUCAGCCGGCUUUUAUGAUAAUAAGGCUGUGUAUUUUAUAUGAGAAAUUUCAUGAAAUAACGGGUGUAUUCACUUUUAAUUAUAUAAUUCGAAAUUUGUAAAAUGAUCAUAAGAUCCGCAGUUGCUAUGUGGAUCCGUUUUGAUGAUCUUAGCACACCUCUGUGGAAAUGAGGUGGCAGCACUAAAAGACAAAAAAUUUCGGGGUUUUUAAGGUUCCACAGAGGCGUCUCUGCGGAUCCUAUGUUGGCUCUACGAAUCACUUAAUUGCUCUGAGGAAUUGAUAGUUGUAGUCGUUUCUGAGGAAUUGGUAGGAUCCUGUGUACUCUUUGCGGAAAUAGUUAUUUCUCUGCAGAAGUGGUAGCUGUAGUCGUUUUAAGCGAUAAUUAACGAUUAUAUAUG